AUGGCUGGAAGACAGAUAAACCAUGAACUGUCUGAGAUCCUGACACGGCUCUGGGCAGCUGAUGAGAAUCGUCUGAAGUCAGGAAAAGAUUAUGUAAUCUGUCCACAGAGGAAGGCGGUAUGCGUUGCUCCAGGCAGUAGCAAUGCCAGAGACGAAGCUUCAGCUCCUCUGUUCACUUAUGUGAAUGAGGAGCGGUUGAAAAGCAUAAAGACAUAUGCAUGUAAGUCUUUUCCUUUUGAAAUUAUCACCCAAGCGGAUUCAUGUGGAUUUGAGCAUGUCCUUGUAGGGGAGACCAGGUCCAAACAAGUCAUUGGUUUCCAUAACUGGAUCCAGUUCUACCUGCAGGAAAAGCAAAACCAUCUUAAUUACAGAGGCAAUAAAGCACGAUCUAACAAACACAGGCCUGAAGAGGACCAACUUUUAACCUUUCAGUUCAGCUGUAAGGAUCAGUUGAAGCCUGUCAGGAGCAGUUUCAUCGGGGUCAGCCCUGAGUUUGAGUUUGCAGUCUACACCAUUUGUUUCCUAAUGUCCCACACCCAUUCAGUUGUAAAAGUGGACGAGUAUGAGCUGGAGCUAGUUGUGUAUCGCCAUGGGGGUUGCAUUGGAUCCUCUUAUCCAAAACUUCUUAGCAGUAACAAUACUAUGUAA